UAUACAUAUUCCUCACGCGUCGUGUUUUUCAUAUGCUGCUGUCUUUCGCUAUGUGCGUAGUAAAGUCUAUCUACUACUAAAACUUCCAAAGAUAGACCUAUCCUUACAGACAGCGAACAACAAACCUAAACUAGCAUCCCAUUGAACAUAAUUCUUGUUUCCCUAAUCUUCUAAUCUAUAUACACACAGCAACAAUGCCAUCCAUCACCAUCAAACCCCCACUAGCGCAGACAAGCGUCAAAUCGCACAUAUAUAAACCCCCCUCUUUACCCUCCUCCUUCCCUUCUUUUUUCUCUACACUGCUUCAAAGUGAGUACGUAUUACACUAAAAGAGUGUGAUGUGUUUUUUCAUGUGUGCCGCUGCUCCCGUGUCCUCCCUACAUAAAGUACUCAUUACUACUUCUUAUGCUGAUUUUAGUAGUCUUGCAAUAAUGAUAAUGACGCUAAUCAUUAAAUCGCAUAUACAAUAGUUAGCGCAGAUGACAGAUUAUGUAAGAACAAAGAUAUAUAAACCCCCUUCUUUCUCUCCUUCUCCCUUUUUUUUUCUAUACAGCGCUGCUGUGGAGCUUACAUUAAUAACAACGAUCAACGAGCGGUAUGCGUGCUGCUGCCUCUGUGCUUUCUGUCUCAUGUCUACGUCGUCGCUUUGCUAUGCUGGGUUCAGCAGUUUACAGCUUCUGUUUAAUAAUAACAAUGAUAAUGAUAAUGAAGAUUCACAUCACGAAAAGUAACAACGCUUCUACUUCGCGUUAGUCUAGCAUAGGAGGAUGAGGAGAAGUAUAUAAACCCCCUCCUUCUCCCUCUUCCUCUUGUCUUUCUUCUUCCUUCUCUACAGUGCACUGCUGUGAGCGGAGCUUUUACUAAAAAAAAAAUGUCUACUA